GUUAUAAAGGGAAAAAUAAAAAGGAGGAAAAACUAGAGGAGGAGGAGGCUUUUGCGCACCAGUGAUAGCAGACCCACCGUUGAGAGACAAUUCCUUCCUUCCUUCCUUGUAUAUUCAUUCACAUGUCGCGCAUCGCUCGGAUCUCUCUUCUUCUUCCUUAGUUUUCUUUUCUCAACCAUUCUUCUUCUUCUCUCUCUCUCUCUUGCCGCCGGCCUCUAUCGGCAUCGAGAGCUUCUCUCACUCCCGCUCAAGCUCUCGAUCCGAACCCACCAUCACUAAACACACAACAGAAUCGAGAGGACACCCUCGCUCGAUCAAACCAUGAUGAUGAUGAUUAUCAGAUACUGUCUCUAGCGCCGCCACCACAAUUGUUCGGAACGACGACGACGACAACAACAUCAAGCGCAGCUCAAAAUGGAGAACAUCGCGGCGCAACUCAAGCGAGGCAUUUCCCGCCAGUUCUCCACCGGCUCCAUCCGCCGGAAUCUCAGCCGCCAGUUCAGCCGUCAGUCCUCCCUCGAUCCCAGGCGCAACAACCUCCGCUUCAGCUUCGGCCGCCAGUCUUCUCUUGACCCCAUUCGCCGCAGCCCCAGCGAGGACGACGUCGAGCUCUCCGUGCCGGAGAAUCUCGACUCGACCAUGCAGCUGCUCUUCCUUGCUUGCCGCAAUGACGUCAACGGCGUCGAAGACCUUCUCAAUCAAGGCAUUGACGUCAACAGCAUCGACUUAGAUGGCCGCACCGCUCUCCACAUCGUCGCCUGCGAGGGCCACGUCGACGUUUGCCGCCUCCUGCUCAGCCGCAAGGCCAACAUCGAUGCUCGCGAUCGCUGGGGCAGUACGGCAGCUGCUGAUGCCAAGUAUUAUGGGAAUACAGACGUGUACAACAUUUUGAAGGCGCGGGGAGCCAAAGUUCCGAAAACCAGGAAGACGCCAAUGACAGUUGCAAAUCCUCGAGAAGUUCCAGAAUAUGAGCUUAAUCCGUUAGAGCUUCAAGUUCGAAAGGGUGAUGGAAUAACAAAGGGAACGUAUCAAGUGGCUAAAUGGAAUGGUACAAAGGUUUCUGUUAAGAUACUAGACAAGGAAAGCUAUUCAGACCCUGAAAGCAUAAAUGCUUUCAAUAAUGAAUUGACAUUGCUAGAGAAGGUUCGGCAUCCGAAUGUCGUUCAGUUUGUUGGUGCUGUUACCCAGAAUAUACCCAUGAUGAUUGUUGUAGAAUAUCAUGCGAAAGGUGACUUAGGAAGCUAUAUUCUAAGGAAAGGACGUUUAUCUCCAUCAAAAGCACUGAGAUUUGCUCUUGACAUUGCAAGGGGCAUGAAUUAUCUUCACGAAUGUAAACCAGACCCGAUAAUCCACUGUGACUUAAAGCCAAAAAAUAUUUUGCUUGAUAAUGGAGGUCAUUUGAAGAUAACUGGAUUCGGGUUGAUAAGGUUGUCAAAUAUUUCUCCUGACAAAGCAAAACUGUCACAGCCUUGGGCAAACAAUGGUCAUUCAAGUCUCUAUUUGGCACCUGAGAUUUACAGAGAUGAAAUUUUUGACAGAAGUGCGGAUGCAUAUUCUUUCGGUCUCAUAUUAUAUGAGAUGAUUGAGGGUGUCCAGCCAUUCCAUCAGAACCCUAUUGAAGAGGCUUUAAAAAUGAUGUGUUUAGAAGGAAAAAGACCACCAAUGAGAACGAAGUCAAAAAUUUAUCCUUCUGUACUAAAAGAAUUGAUCGAGGAAUGUUGGAACCCAGACCCCUAUUGUAGGCCAACAUUCUCUGAGAUUAUUGUACGGUUGGAUAAGAUAGUUGCGAACUGCACAAAGCAGGGAUGGUGGAAAGAUACUUUUAAGCUUCCUUGGAAAUAACAAGAGGAGGCUCUCAGUUCCAUCAGAACCAAGAAGAUAAAAGUUUUAUAGUAGAGUUGGGUGUUUUGGGGCUCCAUGUUGUAUUACUAGUCAGUAGUCACACUGGAGAGGGGCUUGGACUAAUCAAUCGGGUCAGCCUAAAGUUGAAUUAUUACCGUAAUUGAUGUUUGCUGAGGAGCUGGAAGAAUGUCUUGCUAUGUAUCAUCAUCAUCAUGUGUGAAGAAGCUUUCUUAUAGAGCAUUUGUUUACAUACACAGAAUAAUGUACACAACAUAAUAUAUCUCUGCAUCGGAAGCCGUCCCUAUAAACACCGUAUUUUGCAGUGAUAAAGAAUACAUGUAGGCUAUGUUUGGUGCAACUGAGCUUAUAAAAAAAGUUGG